AUGAGAUACACUUGCGUUCUUCUCCUCCUGGCUGCCAUAGGCUGUGUCCUGCUUAGAGAAUCGUCAGCAGCAACAAGCUCGACUUCCACCUCCUCUACCACAACUACUACGACCACAACGUCUAGUUCGGCAACGACUACAACAACGACUGACUCAUCGGCCACAACAACCACCACCGAAGCCAGUUCAUCCACGUCCUCAUCUGGCUCCUCGUCUGGCAAAAAGAAGCACGUAACUCACUUCAAGCGUCACCGCAAACAUCCUAAGAAGAACAAGAAGAGCAAGAAGGAUAAGAAACACAAGAAGAUUGUCAAACACCACAAGCGGAGCUAA